AUUUGUUCAUUCAAAGUCCCCAGAAGUCGUUAUCGGUAAAAAUUGUCAAGUGCACACAGAUUAUUGCGGCCAGAAAAGGGCCCAUUGUCGAGAGGCUCAUGUGUCGUUGCCAUACGUCGUCGACGUUUGCGCUUGUGUUGGUGUGGGUUAGUGAUUGGUAACAAAAACAAAGCCUAACGGAACGGAAUCGGGUGAGAAAACGUCCUUCUGCCGUCGUCAUCGCAGUUUGACCACACAACUCAAGUCCCACAGUCCGUUCAGUGACACAUUCGGGCGUCAAGCUCUUGAGUGUUUCGAGUGUUUUUUCGUUUGGCGAUUGAAGGACCGAAGCAAAGACGGCCCUGCAAGAGUGAGUAGAGCAAGGAACGGCGGUGAGCGAAAUGUCCGAAGGAAUGCCAGGCACGGCGAAACCUGCUGGCGUGUCAACGUCCAUCGCAGGAAGCGCCAGCGGUGGCGCUGCAGGUCUCGUCGGUGGGGUAACGGUCGUCGCUGCCACGGCUGCGAUUGCGAAUAGCGCAGCAGCAAACAGCAGUGCCAAUCCGAAUGGUCCCAACACGAUGGCAGCAUCCCAGGCGGAACCGGAUAUGAAGGGUUGGCUGCUAAAGUGGACAAACUAUCUGAAGGGCUACCAGAAGCGUUGGUUCGUGCUUUCGAAAGGUGUACUGUCCUAUUACAGGGCUGAACACGGAGCUGGAGCGUAUGCCGGGGGCAAAUUAUCUAUAAGACGCCGCAGGAAAGGCCCCCGACCCGAGAGCAAAGGAACUAUGAUGCAAUGCUUAAGGGCCCCACGUUCUCCAACUAGAUUGGUACCCUCGGUGCCCGACUCGAAUAGCAAUAGCAAUGGGCUGCUGAAGAAGCAUAGCAAAAAGAUGAAAAAAAACCAGGCCGAGAUGGCACACACGUGCCGCGGUACCAUCUCCCUGCAUGGUGCCCUCAUCCACACGGUCGACUCCUGCACUUUCGUUAUCUCAAACGGCGGCACGCAGACGUUUCACAUCAAGGCCGCCAACGAGGUCGAGCGCCAGUCCUGGGUAACGGCCCUCGAGCUGGCCAAAGCAAAAGCAAUCCGCGCGAUGGAAAGCGACGAAGAAGAGGAGGAUAACACGGCCAACACGAUACCGAGCGAGGAGCUGAACCUGGUCGUCCGCGAACUGACGAUUAAGCUGGAAAAUUUGAAAACUUGCUACGAUCUUAUCACCAAGCAUGGUGCCGCGUUGCAGCGUGCCCUGUCGGAGCUGGAAUCGGGCGACGAUUUGGCGAACAAGACCAAAAUCGUUAGCGAACGAGCGACACUGUUCCGAAUAUCCUCGAAUGCCAUGAUCAAUGCUUGCUCGGAUUACCUACAAACGUCACAGACCCAGGGACACAAGUGGUCCAAGAUGCUGCAGCACGAACGAGAUCAGAAGCUGCACCUGGAAGAAAUGGUGGAACAACUUGCACGACAACAUUCGCACCUCGAGCAAGCCGCUAACCGCCACAGGCCCAAUGUGGCAGCUUCCGCAUCGGAUGACGAAGAUAACGAAUUUUACGAUGCACAAGAGGAGGGUGGUUCCGUUGCAUCCCAGGAGGAAAGUUCAUUCAUACUAAACAUACCGGUAUCGAUGCAUCACAACCACCGAAGGAAUUCGAUUGAUGCCACCGGAAGCUCGUCCGAAGGAGAAGAGGGCAAUAGUGAAACGCAGCAAGUAUUAGUGGUCGCGGAGAAUUUAGACAAUAUGGACGUCACCGAUAGAAUAUCUGUUCACAGUAGUCAAGCACUUACCCCGACAAUAGCCAAUCAAUCCAAAGUGGUCCGCAAGCGGAGAACGCGUGUCGCGGAUAAGCCCAACUAUCCGCUAAACUUGUGGUCCAUCAUCAAGAACUGCAUCGGCAAGGAUCUGUCCAAGAUCCCGAUGCCGGUCAACUUUAACGAACCUCUAUCGAUGCUGCAAAGAUUGACAGAAGAUUUUGAGUACUCGGAAAUCCUGGAUAAGGCGGCCCAGACUAAAGAUACCUGCGAGCAGCUGGCGUACGUGACAGCAUUUACCGUUUCGAGCUACUCGACGACGAGCAACCGGACCGGCAAACCGUUUAACCCACUGCUCGGGGAAACGUACGAAUGUGAUCGAACCGAUGAUCUCGGUUGGAGGUGUAUCAAUGAGCAGGUUUCCCACCAUCCACCGAUGGCCGCUCAGUACUGUGAGGGCCGAGGCUGGCGCUGCUGGCAGGAGUUUACGAUGACGUCCAAGUUUCGCGGCAAGUACAUCCAGAUCGUGCCACUUGGGUACGCGCACGUUGAGUUUCCGGCUACCGGCAACCGGUACACUUGGCGCAAAGUGACGACGACCGUGCACAACAUCAUCGUCGGUAAGCUGUGGGUCGACAAUCAUGGAGAGAUGGAAAUUUUCGGCGAGCGCAACGCGAAGGGUGUCAAGUGUCACAUGAAGUAUUUGCCGUACUCGUACUUUACGCGGGAUACGCAGCGCCGGGUGAAGGGCGUCGUGAUGGACAACGCGAACCAGGUGAAGUGGGUCAUCAAUGGCACGUGGGAUAGCAAAAUUGAAAUAGCGCCGGUCACGUCGACCAGCGGUUCGACCGAAAACCCGGUGUACAAGACAGGCAACUACAAAACGGCCUGGACGCGCAACCUCCCACCGCCCGAUAGUGAUAAAUAUUACAACUUCACGUUGCUCGCCUGCCAGCUGAACGAACCGGAACCGAACUUGGCGCCGACGGAUUCACGCCUGCGGCCCGACCAGCGCCUGAUGGAGGAAGGUAGAUGGAACGAGAGUAAUCAAGAGAAGCUACGGUUAGAGGAAGGUCAACGGGCUCGGCGCCGGCAACGUGAAGCAGAAGCAGAAAAAGCCGCUGCUGAAGGACGCCCCUAUCCACCUUACGAACCGAUAUGGUUCAGCAAGGAAAAGGAAGAGGGCACCGAUAAUCUUGUGCACGUCUACAAGGGCAGUUACUGGGACGCGAAGGCAAAGCAGGACUGGACGAAGAGUCCUACGAUUUUCUAAGAAAACAGAAUCAAAAUAAGAAAACAAUGCAGUUAGGGCGUAUACGCGACGGGACGGAUCAAAUGCGUUUUGCCCACUGACAACUACUAGCGAACAAAACUGUUAACCACCCCUACGUCCGGAAUGAUGCCGCAAGAGUUCCAUUGGUUCCUGCCUAUAGUUAGUGGAUGAAAACCCGAGAUAUGAAAGGUACGGGUGCGGGUAUUGAUUCUGAUGAUGGUGGUGGUGGUGGUAGGAAGUCAUUUUCGGGUAGCAUUCAAACUCAGAUUUGGUUUUAUCGUCUACGAAUCCUGUCAUACUCCAAACGAUUGAGGCACACCGCUAAGCUAGAGAGUUACAUGCCUUGUUUUUAGGUAAAUUCCGAUCAACAAAAACGAAUCAUUAGAAGGCGAAUGUUGCAAAUAAAAUAGUUCACCGAUCAGAUUAUGCCAUCGCUCUUUUGCCGUACCACCCAACAUUUUCAGUCACGAAAAGAGAUGAACAGUACAAGCGCUCAAAUGAUGUGUAGCUUGUAAGGAUUCCUCACCGAAACUAGCAUGGUCAAAUGAGGUUCAAUUUUGGCGCACCACCAGCUCCAUUUUACCAUUUCUUUUGCUAUUGUCCCAUGUGAUAUCUAACGUAAGAAAUCCAUGAUUGGCAAAUCUUUGUAAAGUUUCGUUAUCUAUUCGACGAAUGCACACUUUUGUAAGUUCUGCAGCAUGUUGAUUAUUCUCCGCUUUCCUUUCUCUCUACUUCUAACACUCCUUUUAAGCUGUUAUUGUUGUUACGACUGUUGAUAUAUUUAUGGAAACAUAUUUCUUCCAUGUAGCAUCCAUAUUUAUUUCAAUUUACGUAGAAUGGUAGCAUCUUCAAUUCGAGACAAUUACAGAACCAGUUGGCCAGCUAAAUCAUCACACCAAAUCGUUCGCCCCGAACGGGUUGCAGUGAAUGCGACUGAACUUCCUAUGAUUACAACGAAGAAUUAAACAAAAAUAUGACAGCACACGGUGAUAUCGCACGACACUGGAACGAUGCAGGAAGUUAAUAGAUGUUAAAAAUAUGGUAACCGCAACGAGAACAUGCUUAUCAAAGAAACACACACUUGGACGUGAAAACGAAGAUCGGCUUCGCGGUUUUCACCGAAAGUAGCUAACAAACAAGACUUGACACGUGAGCCGCGCUGUUAUCACGAGUCGCUUGGUGAAAGAUGAUGUUCAUCUUUGAUACACUUUCUGAUGUUUCUGUUUAACGUUUUUUGAAUAGCGCUCGUUUUUAGCGGUGUCGAAUGUUUUUCUUUGUACCUCUACUGACUGGUACUCGAAGAUUAGUCUCCGCCGCGUACGACGAUGGGAGUUGAUGCGAGUGUUUACCGACAUGAAUUUGUGAAGAUCCAGCUGUACGUAGGUUUUCUAAGGCCCGUCAAAUUUACAAGCCUGAGUGUUGGCGUAAAGUGAACUGUUUUACGAUCGCGAAGGGAUUGAAAUGUGUAUAGACGUUCGGGUCAUUGUACGUCUCGUAGUACGGAAAGCAAACUGUGACUGAAAGCGUGUGGCGGUGAACCUGCAACCUAGCAUGGUGCAAGAGAAUUUACUCUUGAAUAAAAGCCAAUAUUACGAUAGGUUCUUCCUCAGUGCACACAGGGUAAAAGGGGGUUGUAUUCCGACAGCAACAACAUGAUAGUAGCCGUUCAUUGGUCGAGAGGACAAUGUGGAGAAAAGGGGGGCGAGUCUAUAAAAUAGUUGUUACGCUUAUGAAGCUAUUCAAUGAAGUAAUAAAAUAAUUAACAAAUCGUCCA